AAAAAAAAACAAUCAAGGUAAAAAUGUGCAAGCCACAUAUUAUAGCCAUUCCUUACCCAGCUCAAGGCCAUGUAAUUCCCUUGAUGGAGUUAUCACAGUGCUUAGUGAAUGAAGGCUUCAAAGUCACAUUUGUGAACACAGAUUUUAACCACAAGCGAGUCAUGAAUUCCUUGGCAGCUGAAACUCAUAAAAGGGAUGAUCAGAUUCGUCUGGUUUCAAUUCCGGAUGGCUUAGAACCAUGGGAGGACAGAAAUGAGCUAGGGCAGCUAUGUGAAGCAAUACUUAGAGUCAUGCCUGGGAAGUUGGAGGAGCUCAUAGAGAAGAUCAAGGAAGAAGAAGGUGAUAAAGUUGCCUGUAUCAUUGCUGAUGAGAGUAACGGAUGGGCUCUGGAAGUAGCAGAGAAAAUGCAAAUAAAGAAAGUUGCCUUCUGGCCUGCGUCAGCUGCACUUUUGACACUGGAGUUUUGUAUCCCAAAAUUAAUUCAAGAAGGAAUCAUUGAUGAUGAUGGAUCCGCAUUAAAAAGCCAGAUGAUCAACUUAGCACCAAACAUGCCCACCAUGAAAACUGAAGAGUUGACUUGGUUAACCAUUGGUGACAUAACCACUCAGAAAAUUAUAUUCCAAGUUAUGCUAAGUAGCAACAAGACUGUAAAAUUGGCUGACUGGGUUGUAUGCAACUCAGCAUUCGACCUAGAACCAGGAGCAUUCACCUUGGCACCACAGAUUUUACCAAUAGGCCCGCUUUUGGCAAGCAAUCGCCUCGACAAUUCAGCAGGAAACUUCUGGCCACCAGACUCAACUUGCUUAGAAUGGCUUGAUCAACAAGCUCCUUGUUCAGUCAUCUAUGUUGCUUUUGGAAGCUUCACAAUUUUUGAUCAAACCCAGUUCCAAGAAUUGGCUUUGGCUCUCGAACUGUCCAAUAGGCCAUUCCUGUGGGUUGUGAGGCCAGACAUCUCUGAAACUACUCCCUACCCAGAAGGAUAUGAAGAAAGAGUAGGGUCUAAAGGGUUGAUGGUGGGAUGGGCCCCACAACAGAAGGUUCUAUCUCAUCCUUCAAUUGCUUGCUUCCUAAGCCACUGUGGUUGGAACUCUACCUUGGAAGGUCUAAGCAAUGGGGUUCCUUUCUUGUGUUGGCCAUACUUCGCGGACCAGUUCCUUGAUGAGAGUUACAUUUGUGAUGUUUGGAAGGUGGGAUUGAAGUUUGAUAAGAAUGAGAGUGGGAUCAUUCCUAGAGGAGAAAUUAACAACAAGGUGGAACAACUUCUUGGCGACGAAAAUUUCAGAGCCAGGGCUUCAAAACUCAAGGAAAUGGCCAUGACUAGUGUCAAAGAAGGUGGCCAGUCUAACAAGAUAUUUAAGAAUUUCAUUGAAUGGAUGAAAUCAUAGACUCCCAUGAGCAAAUUGGAAGAUCCCAAAAAGAAAUUCUUCCAAGUAAAUGUGAUGUGUAUUACAUUUACAUUGCUCCCACAGCAAAUCCUAAACAUUUAUUUGCCGAAAACA